AUGGGCUUCUUUACGCGCUCCAAGAAAGCGAAGAAGGACACCCCAAAGCCCCCAUCUAAACAUCAGUCCAGUCGAGCCUCUGGUCAACGCCAAUUACCUCCCCCUCCUCCAUCAGCAACACCGGCCUCACCACACUUGCAACAUGGCCGGCCAUACAUUCCAUCAUCUCCUCAAUUCCAGCCCGCUGGCUUGCUCCCUCCACCUUCUGGCUGGGAACCUUAUCAGCUACCAUACCCAUCCCCUCCCAUCAUUGUGAAUCAACAUCACUAUUAUCUUGGUCCGCCACCGCCAUUACCACCUCGCGACGACCAUUCAUCCCGAUCUCAACCAAGUGGUAGUAAUCACAAGCUCAACCUCGACUCGGCUGUCGAUUUGGCAAAGAACCUCUGCCAAGAGGCUGGGAUCACCAGGAUGUUUGACAGUGCUCUUUCACAAUCUCCAUUAUCUAGCUACGGGGCUGAGCUGGUUGACCAGAGCAAUGCCCUCUUGAACCAAGUUUCCAACCAGUUCAAUGAUGUCUUGACCAUGAUUGAUCGAGACCAUUACUCGAGCCACGAAAAGGAGAUUCUCGCUUGGCAGCCACAGCAACCACCUCAAUCGCAGGAGCUUGUACGGGUUUCAGACUCCUCGCUGAGCGAGAAGAGCAUGCACAAACCACCCAAAAGAAGUCACAAAAGGGAUCACCCCAAGGGACAGACAACAGCGGCAGCAACAGUUGUCUCGGGAAGCAUUUUCUCCAAGGUGGAACUGUAUGCGAACUCGAGGCUGCCUAUGAACCUGCAGCCUCUCAAGUUGUAUGUCUCCUUUUUCGCUUUGGCCCCUGAGGGCGCCGAGAGCGAUGCCCACGUCGAUGCGGAUUGGCGAGCUGGUACAAAAGCCAUGGUCAUCAAGUCAAUGCCGAUGGAUUACAUGAACACAAUUGUCUUUUCCAUUCGUGGUACGGCAACGUUUAUGGAUUGGACGGUCAAUCUUAAGACCGAUCCAGCGUCUCCAUCUGGCUUUUUGGAUGACCCUCACAACCUUUGCCACUCCGGCUUCCUUUCGGUCGCUCGCAAGAUGGUGAUUCCUGUCGCCCGCCGCCUCCGGCAGCUGCUUGAGGAGGACCCAAACCGUGCUUCUUACUCGCUCUUGAUCACGGGUCACAGCGCAGGAGGAGCUGUCGCUUCCCUCCUCUACAUGCACAUGUUGUCCACUUCCAAGGCGGCAGAGAGCGAGUUGAACAUCGUCGCCGGGUUCUUCAAGCGCAUUCACUGCAUCACCUUUGGGACACCGCCGAUCAGCCUUCGACCGCUCACCAAGCCCGAGGACUACGAGCGUCGCCCUCAGCUCAGAAAGAGCUUGUUUCUCAGCUUUGUCAACGAAGGUGACCCGGUGGCGAGAGCAGACACGGCCUAUGUCAAGAGUUUAUUGGAGCUUUUCGUUGCCCCUGCGCCGCCUGCCAUCAUCAGCUCGCGAGAUGCUGCGAAUAAGAAGGUCCGCACGAAAGAGAAGGCUCCCAGCAAGAGCUCGAAAUCCUCUUCUGGUCCGAUCUGGAAGGUGCCGCCCAACAGACUGAGCAGUGCCGGCCGAAUUGUGGUGUUGAGGUCGGGGGAUCCAAAAGCCAGGUCAAAGGGAAAGAAAAAGACGGUAGAGGAGCGCCUGAACGAGGGUGUGGUUGCUCAAAUCACGUCUGAUGAGCAACUACGGGGUGUAAUCUGGGGUGAUCCUGUCGCUCACGUCAUGAGACUGUAUGCUGGCAGGAUCGAGACGCUUGCUGUCGGUGCUGUCACCGGGCGAGGAUACUGA